GGCGGCUGUUCUCCAUAGACUCAGAGGGGACGUGUUUGCGGUACAGCGGGAAGGCGCAGUGAGGGAAGACACCGUGGAUUCGCUCUUUAGUAGUGACACGAUGAUGGCGUCUGGAGAAGUCCCAGCUGAGCAAGCUGCUGAAUAUGUUCCGGAAAAGGUGAAGAAAGCGGAAAAGAAAUUGGAAGACAAUCCGUAUGACCUUGAUGCUUGGAGCAUUCUCAUUCGCGAGGCACAGAAUCAGCCUAUAGACAAAGCACGGAAGACGUAUGAGCGACUUGUUGCCCAGUUCCCCAGCUCUGGCAGAUUCUGGAAACUUUACAUUGAAGCAGAGGUAAAAGCUAAAAAUUAUGACAAAGUUGAAAAGCUGUUUCAGCGGUGCCUCAUGAAAGUCUUGCACAUAGAUCUGUGGAAAUGCUACGUGUCCUAUGUGCGAGAAACCAAAGGGAAACUGCCAAGUUACAAAGAGAAAAUGGCACAGGCUUACGACUUCGCUCUUGAUAAAAUUGGCAUGGAAAUCAUGUCCUAUCAGAUAUGGGUCGACUACAUCAAUUUCCUGAAAGGAGUAGAAGCGGUGGGAUCGUAUGCCGAGAACCAAAGAAUUACAGCUGUCCGCAGAGUCUACCAGCGAGGCUGCGUCAACCCCAUGAUUAACAUUGAACAGCUCUGGAGGGAUUACAACAAGUAUGAAGAGGGCAUCAACGUCCAUCUGGCAAAGAAAAUGAUUGAAGACAGAAGCAGAGAUUACAUGAAUGCAAGAAGAGUCGCAAAGGAAUAUGAAACCGUGAUGAAAGGUCUGGAUCGCAAUGCUCCUUCGGUGCCGCCUCAAAACACCCCCCAGGAAGCACAGCAAGUGGAAAUGUGGAAGAAAUACAUACAGUGGGAGAAGAGUAACCCUCUGCGAACAGAGGACCAGACCCUAAUAACAAAAAGAGUUAUGUUUGCAUAUGAGCAGUGUUUGUUGGUGCUGGGACAUCAUCCGGACAUCUGGUAUGAAGCUGCACAAUACCUUGAACAAUCUAGCAAGCUGCUUGCUGAAAAGGGGGACAUGAACAACGCUAAACUUUUCAGUGAUGAAGCUGCCAACAUCUAUGAACGUGCCAUCAGCACACUUCUAAAGAAAAACAUGUUGCUGUAUUUUGCCUAUGCAGACUACGAAGAGAGCCGAAUGAAGUAUGAAAAAACACACAGCAUAUACAACAGAUUACUCUCCAUUGAAGAUAUAGAUCCUACCUUGGUUUAUAUCCAGUACAUGAAAUUUGCCAGGAGAGCAGAGGGCAUCAAAUCUGGGAGAAUGAUUUUCAAAAAAGCCAGGGAAGACCCUAGGACCCGACAUCAUGUUUACGUCACCGCUGCUUUAAUGGAAUAUUACUGUAGCAAGGAUACAUCGGUGGCCUUCAAGAUUUUCGAGUUAGGGCUAAAGAAAUAUGGUGACAUCCCCGAAUAUGUUCUCGCCUACAUAGACUACUUGUCUCACCUUAAUGAGGACAAUAACACAAGAGUAUUAUUUGAACGAGUUUUAACCUCUGGGAGUUUGCCUCCCGAAAAAUCAGGUGAGAUCUGGGCACGCUUUCUGGCCUUCGAAAGUAAUAUUGGAGAUUUAGCGAGUAUACUGAAAGUGGAGAAAAGGAGAUACACGGCAUUCAAGGAGGAGUACGAAGGGAAGGAGACGGCGCUGCUUGUGGAUAGAUACAAGUUUAUGGAUUUGUACCCCUGCUCCACAAGUGAACUGAAAGCUUUGGGAUACAAGGAUGUAUCAAGAGCCAAACUGGCAGCACUAAUCCCAGACCCCGUGGUAGCGCCAUCAAUAGCGCCUUCUCAGAAGGAUGAUGCUGACCGAAAACCAGAGUACCCCAAACCCGACACAAGUCAGAUGAUCCCUUUCCAGCCGCGACAUUUAGCUCCACCUGGACUCCAUCCUGUUCCUGGUGGUGUAUUCCCAGUCCCCCCAGCUGCAGUGGUCUUAAUGAAGCUGCUUCCUCCCCCUAUUUGCUUCCAGGGCCCGUUUGUGCAGGUUGACGAGAUCCUGGAAAUCUUGCGGAGGUGCAAGCUGCCCGACACAGUGGAAGAGGCAGCGAGGAUCAUUACUGGAAGCCAGGCGGAGAUGAACUCGGAGGGUAACGGACCAGUCGAAGUCAACGCAAUACUAAAUAAAUCGGUGAAAAGACCCAAUGAGGACUCGGACGAUGAGGAAGAGAAGGGCUUAGUGGUCCCUCCCGUCCAUGACAUAUACAGAACCCGGCAGCAGAAGAGAAUCCGGUGAAGAUCCUUUCUUAGAAAUCUCAGAAAAUCAAAAAUUCCAAAUGAGAAACUUUUUACUGAACACUUACCUUGUGCUACAAGAACCUCAUUAUCGUUCCGAGCGUCUUACAGACUAAUCUGCGUUCUUGUGGUGCGUCCAAAAAGGUUAAUGGUCCCCACCAUCCCCAGGGCAGGGCAAAAUGGAUCCAUAAACAUGUAAAUGGCCCGGUUCAACUCCGGAAAUCGACUUUUCUUUUUCUUCAUCUGUAUUUUUCCAUGCAGCUGGAAUUUUGCUCGGUUUUAUUUUAAAAACUGAACAGCUUUGGAAUUGUAAUAGUUUUUUGUUUUUUUUAACUCAAAUAUUUCUUCAGUUACAAUUGUUGGUCAGUUUGCCCAGACUCUUUCCUGCCUCUUUUAUUUUAUAGCUGAUUAUACGAAAGAGCUCCGUGGCUUCUUAUUUCUUGCUCCGAGAGCCGAUUUCCAUCAGAUACGUGGAGCCAAAAUGGCUGUGCCGACGUCACCUUUGAUUUUAUUCCUGCACCAAUUGCUGCUAUUUUUAAAAUAAAAUGACACUGUGUACCGCCCAAUCGGCUCCUCCCUUACUAGCAUAUAUCAUUUCUCAUCCGUUCGUUCUUAAAGCAGUGUUGCCUUUCUUUUUUUUUUUAAUGAAAUUGGAGAAAACAGUUCGUAUGAAUCAUUUUAACCCUUUGCGGUCAAUAAAGGAUUUCAUACUAUGAAACCGUUUCUUUAUUGACCGCAAAGGGUUAAAAUGAGGAGAAUUGGGUAGUGCUUCAGAGAAGGCGAGGAUUCGCUAAGUAUCGCUUGGGGUUAAGGUGUUCUGCCCGGUAACCUGUCAUGGUUUAAUAAACAGCGAUUGUUCGAUUUUCGAGGAAACGUUCUUAUUUUGAUGCAAAAUAAAAAGAAUUAACUUUA